AGAAAAAGGUUAUUAAGAGAGGUAAAAAGGUUGAAACUUGAAAGCAGAUGGAAUAUGGGCUCUUUUAGGGGCUUAAGUGCUCUUAAGUGAUGUAAGAGGAGGUGCUAAUGGUGGGGGAUCUGUGACUCUCUUAGCUAAAAACGUUCAAGAACAGAACACGGCACAAAUCCAGAGGAAAGGAUAAAAGGUGGAUGAGUCCACUUGUGCUUUACUGGGUAUUAGUAAUAUCCGAAAAGCAAGCCAAAUUUUGGAAUUUUUUGGCGUUUUAGCAUUAAAUUCAUUCAAUCCUUUUCAAGCUUCAAAAAGCACAAUCUUUCUGUGGUAUAGAGAGAGAGAGAGAGAGAGAGCACAGCAAAGGCAAGCAUGGAGGUGGGUCAGAUGCAGAGAACAUGGGUUGAGUAUACCAAGUCCUUGUUUAUGGAGGGGUUUCUGGACGGUCAGUUUACACAGCUUCAGCUGCUACAAGACGAGAGUAACCCAGAUUUUGUUGUUGAAGUUGUGUCUCUCUUCUUUGAAGAUUCUGAGAGGCUUCUUAAUGAUCUUACCAGAGCCUUAGAUCAGCAAAGUGUAGAUUUCAAAAGGGUUGAUGCUCAUGUGCACCAGUUGAAGGGUAGCAGCUCCAGCAUAGGUGCACAGAGGGUUAAAAAUGCCUGCAUUGCUUUCCGCAGCUUCUGUGAGCAGCAGAAUUCUGAAGCGUGCCUGAAAUGCCUGCAACAAGUAAAGCAAGAGUAUUAUCUUGUGAAGAACAAGCUUGAAACUCUAAUCAGGCUGGAGCAACAAAUCGUGGCGGCUGGUGGGUCAGUUCCCAUGGAAGAAUUGAGUUUUUAAGGUUAUCAACUGAAAUUGGGAGGAUUAUUAUAGAGAUUUUUUUUUUUUUGUGUGUGUGUUUCACUCGUCUUUCACCAUCAGGUUCUGUUUAAUCAAAUGUGCUUUGUAAGAGUUCUGUCAAAGAUAAAGAGUCUUAUCUACUGCCACUUCUCAUUAUGAAGAGAACCUUUGCUGUUUA